UUUUAUCAUGAAAAUAUAGUGGAGAAAGGAUUGCAGUGAAAGAGGGUGCUCAAGAGUCAGUGGCAUGCUCUGCAUUGGAAGAGAGGACAUGGAAGAGAACUUUUCAACCUGGCUCUGCAUGCUUGGGCUCAGUGGCUGAGUAUUAAUUGAAGCCAGGUCAUGGGGAGUGUCUUGUCUAGCUUCUUCCAGACAGGAAGUUCACUAUUGGCUGUUGCCAAUCACCGUGGUGUGUCUGAAGACACAAAACGCAAAAUUCGUAUAGUCUUCGAUGCCUUAAGGGCCAAUCCACGUGUCACUGUUCAUCGCCUUGAGGGCCUCCUUUCACAUAUCCCAAAGAAUGAAAAUAUCUUGUUGGUGAACAAUGAGGAAGGCUACAAUCUUCUCCAAAAAUGUGUGGGAAUCAACAAUUUAGAGAUGGUGCGAUGGAUCCUCUCCCGAAAUCCAGAUCUAAAUCGAGGGGCUUGCUCCCUUCCUCUCCACAUUGCCUGCUUUCGAGGACUUGAUGACUGUGUGGAACUACUCAUCAAGCAUGGUGCCAGGAUUGAUGUGGAGGCUCGCAUGUGCUGGCCGGGACCACAUAAUCAAAACUGUGAACAGAGAGGAAAAUAUUGUGUGCAAGAUGAAACUGUUGAUAGGGUUCGUGCAAGUGAUAAACUACAAAGUGCCAUCUGUUAUGCUAUUGAUGGGGACCAGGUGGAAACACUGGAGCUGUUGAUGCAACAGUCAGAGGAUCACUGGUUUCCAUGGCAUCAGAAGAGACCAUUGUUACAUCUGGCCUGUGAACGUGGGGCCUGGAAUUGUGUCCGGUAUCUCGUCUCAGAGCGUUCUGAGGAAAUCAAUCAGUGCUAUGAUGAGUAUUAUCCCAUUCAUCAGGCAGCACUGCAUGAUCUGAAGUUUCUGGAGCUAUUGAUCACAUGUGGUGCUGAUGUAAAGGUGAGGACAGCUACACAGCAACUGACAGUGUUGCAUGUUGUCUUUCUUCUUGGCAAGAAGUCUGCAGAGGAUACACUCACUACUGUCCAGCUAUUAUUGGAGCAUGGAUUGCGAGAGCUGAUAAAUGAACCAGACUCUUUGGGAAACACUCCCCUUCAUGCUCUCCUUGUGAGAUAUGCCCUUGAAGAAUCUCGUUACGGUUACUGUCAUGAACCACAGCCAUGGAAUAAAUGGGACAUGCUCCACCUAGUCAGAUAUCUCCUCCAGAAUGGAGCAAGCCCCAGUAUAAAUCAAGAAGGGAACUCAGCCCUUGCUGGUGUCCUCCGCCAUGUCAGAGAUUGGGAAUUCCGCUAUGAACUCCUUGACAUGCUAUUGCAAAAUGGAGGGAAUCCAAACAUUGUGGGACGAGAUGGAUCAGUGCCAAUGAUGGUUUGCCUGGUCCCACUCAUUAAUAAGGAUCCCUUGCAUCACUUCACCCAUCAUAUGAAGAUCUUCUACCUCAACUGCGUGCGAAUCUUGUGCAAGCAUGGUGGGAAUCCCAAUUGCAGCUCACGAUCGAACUUGACCCCACUCCAUGUUCUCAUGUUCACAGCCAGUGAAAACAUCACUCUGUCUCGAGGUGAAGAAAAGGCUGAGGCAUUUGACUUCAUCCGACAACUCCUUGUAGUGUUGCUGCAGCAUGGCUUGGACCCUAAUGUAAGGUUUAGCCAGCGCACUCAACAUAUUCUAUUGGCCCUUAUGGACAUGGUGAACAAUGCAAGAUGCCCAACAGACUUGGAUCAUGUGUAUGAUCUAACUCUGACCCUUCUACAGUAUGGGGCUGACCCAAAUGUGAACAUCUCAAGCACAGAACCCAUGAUCUGCCAUUCUCAGAGCUCAGUUUUCCUCAAGAAAUCAUCCAACCAGGUGUUGUAUUACUUUGUGCAACUCAUCAUGAGAAAGGAGGUGUUCCUGACAGACCCAAAUGCUCGUUAUGCGCGUUUGGUUUAUCUGUAUUACUAUGCCAUGAACCAUCAGGAGCUAUACUCGUGUCUCAAGUUUCUGCACUCGCAGACCAGUCUAGUCCCAACACGUGGGGACCUAAUCCAACUCAUCAAACGCCUGUACACUUCCCCACGAACCCUGAAACAGAUGUGCCGUGUGACCAUCUACAAUGCCCUGAGGCGGCGCCCUGCUCCCUUUGCCAACAAACUUCCCUUACCUGGUCCCUUGAAGGACUACAUUCUUAACUGGGAUCCUUGAAAGUUGAAAGGCUCCCUGCCCCUACCCCUGGUGCCCAUCUUCUUUGUUGGCUGUUGGACCUACAGUUACCUUUUUUUGUUUUCUCGUAUCAUGAGAACCUUUGAAGAGAAUUUAAUAUGGAGUAGAUGAAAAUCCAGUGCAAUAUGGUAGUCAAACCAGUCUUUUCAUUUCAAUAUGAAUCCUGGG